GACACUACGACUUUUUGGUUGGCUCAUGUCACGUUAAAUUUUUCAGAUUUGAAUAAGUUACGUUGACUGCUGAAAACAUUGAGAUUAUUGUUAUCUAUUCACAAAGCAGUACUUUAACUUGGAUUUUGAUGUUGCUUGUAAAUAUGUACUUAUCUCGUGUUUACUUUUAUGGUUUAAGUUAAUAUUCGUCGCAAAUAUGAAUCUUAUGUUAGAAAACAUUCUUAUACUUAUCAUAGUAGUUAUAAUUGUUGGCCUUGAUGGCAUUUAUGGUCAUUCAUAUGAGCCGGUGAAUUUUGAACGUUUAUCUACAGGAAGACAUUUGCUUUAUUCAGAUUGGGAAAGUGCUCCUUCAUUUUAUUCACCUGGUGGUAUAACACCUGAUAAUGAACCCCGCUCACCUGUUUACAUGGAAUUAACAUACAAUCUUACAUCUGUUAACGGAGCUUCAGGUAUAUGUGGUGUUUGUGCACGUAUAUAUCGUGUUCUACAUAUGACUGAAUUGAAUCCUGCUGAAGAAUGUCGACGUCAUCAUAAUUCGAGACAAGCAGCUUUUGGUGAUAUUACGGAAUUUUAUUAUACUUUAUCUCACUGAACUCUACUACUCGAAUCAUAUCUUCGAACCCUAAUCUUGUCCAUUUCUGCUAAUACUUCUACCAUCGCUACCACUAUGAGAUUUGGACUGACAACUGCAUCUUUGUUGAUGAGUGACGGCAACCUGAACUUAUUUACUCAUGUACAAAGUUCUACGUUGUAACUGACUGACAGAAUAAAAUCUGAUCUUUCAAUAGUCACCCUAUUUUUUUUUAAUUAUUCUUUGAGAUAAAUUCAUUCUGUUGUUAUUCUUU